AUGAUAGUGAUAAUCACCUGUAUCACCUGUGCUCCCGUUGUUCUCGAACGGGCACCACUCAUACUUCCAUUUGCCCUGAUCGCGCGCAAGUGUUCCCCAGUGGCAUCUCUUCUCGCGAAGGACUCGAAGAUCGUCGUAGCUUUCUUUGAAAGACUUCGUAAAGAGGUCAGCAUAAAUUUCUCCGCUGAACUCUCUCAAAGACAGCAGGAUCCGGAUAUUUUCUUGAAAGAACUCUUAAAUUCAGCAAAGGCGAGUGCGAGAAUUUCUGGAUUUCGCCAGUGCUUCCUCGUUUUCAAUGCAGUCGAUCCGUAA